AUGGGCCGGCUGAACGUCAACAACAUCAACCCCCACGUGGUGGAGGCCAAGUACGCCGUCCGCGGCGAGCUGGCCGUCAAGUCGGAGGAGUUCCGCGCCAAGAUUCGCAAGGGCGAGGCCAAGGACCUGCCCUUCGACCAGGUCAUCAGCGCCAACAUUGGCAACCCCCAGCAGCUCGACCAGAAGCCCAUCACCUUCUUCCGACAGGUCCUCAGUCUACUGGAGAACCCUCUGCUCCUGGAGCACGAGGAUGUCCUGGUGGACAAGCUGGGCUACAAGACCGAUGUCAUCGAGCGAGCAAAGUGGCUGCUGAGCCAGGUCGGAAGCGUGGGGGCGUACAGCGCCAGCGCGGGUGUCCCGGCGAUCAAGGAGAGCAUCGCCAAGUUCCUCGAGAAGCGAGACGGCUUCGCGGCCGACCCUGCGCACAUCUACCUGUCCGCCGGUGCCUCGUCCGGUGUCAACACCCUCCUGCACAUCCUCUGCGCCGCCCCCAACUCGGGCAUCCUCGUCCCCAUCCCGCAGUACCCCCUGUAUACAGCCUCGCUGUCGGUGCUCAAUGCCACCUGCGUGCCGUACUACCUCGACGAGGCGUCCAACUGGGGCACCUCGCUCGAGACCAUCAAGGAGUCGUACCAGAAGGCCAAGAGCGAGGGCACCGAUGUGCGCGCCAUCGUCAUCAUCAACCCGGGCAACCCCACGGGCGCCUCGCUGUCCGAGGCCGAUAUCCGCUCCGUGAUCGAGUUCGCCCAGCAGGAGCAGCUCGUCAUCAUGGCCGACGAGGUGUACCAGACCAACGUCUUCAAGGGCUCGUUCCACUCGUUCCGCGAGAUCCUGCUCAAGCUGCAGAAGGAGGCGCCCGGCAAGUUCGAGGGCGUCGAGCUCGCGUCGCUGCACUCCAUCUCCAAGGGCAUGGUCGGCGAGUGCGGCCACCGCGGCGGCUACUUUGAGCUGAUCAACUUCGACGCCGAGGUCGAGGCCCAGAUCUACAAGUUCGUCUCCAUCACGCUGUGCGCCCCCGUCAUCGGCCAGUGCCUGGUCGAGCUCAUGGUCAACCCGCCCAAGGCCGGCGAGCCGUCGUUCGAGCUGUACGACCGCGAGUACAGCGCCAUCUUCAACGGGCUCAAGGAGCGCGCCUUUGCGCUGUACGAGGCCUUCAAGGACAUGGAGGGCGUCGAGUGCGGUGAGCCCCAGGGCUCCAUGUACCUGUUCCCGACGAUCCGCGUGCCCGCCAAGGCGGCCGCCGCCGCCGAGAAGGAGGGCCGCGGCGCCGACGACUUCUACUGCAUGCGCAUGCUCGAGGCGACGGGCGUCUGCGUCGUGCCGGGCUCCGGCUUCGGCCAGAAGGAGGGCUCGCUGCACUUCCGCACCACCUUCCUGGCCCCCGGCACCGAGUGGGUCGGCAGCAUCAAGAAGUUCCACAAGGAGUUCAUGGACGAGUUCCGAUGA